CUAUAAAAUGUAGUUGAAUGUAUUGAAUAAAAAAAAAAAAUCAAGCCGCAGUGUGAGCGUGUUGAAAAUAGAACAAAAUUCCUAGUAAUGUUGAGUUCGGGCAAUUCACAGCAACAGCAUCACACACAACAUCAGCAACAACAACUCCAACAACAACAGCAGCAACAUCUUCAUCACACACAACAACAAAACUCACAAAAUCAACAAACACAAUCACACACUGUCACGCUCUACGAUGGCGAUUUAAAUUUCACAACAUUCGCAGAACUGUGCCGCCUCUGUUCGAUACGUAAUGGUCCCGCCAAAAUCAACCUUUUCGAGAAAGAAGCAGAGCAAAGGAAUCUGAUUUACAAGCUACGCACGCUAUUGCCGGCGAAUAUUUCCAAGGACGACUUUUUGCCGAAAAAUAUUUGUGAAGGUUGCGUAUUAAAGGUGGAACAUUUAUUCGAGUUUCGUCAGUCCUGUUUACAUACAGAGAAUAUUCUCAGAAAUUAUGCGGACUCGAUGCGAGCAGUUACGGCUACCAUAAACUUUCAGGUACUUAUAAAAUGA